GCAACUGCGAACGGCCCAUUUCGCUAUAUAGAGAUUUUGAGAAACAAGGGGACGAACGGUCCAAGAUUCAUUCAGGUCAUUGAACAAUGGGUGCAGGUGGACGAAUGUCGAAUCCCGUCGAGGGCGAAAAGAAAGCCGAGCUUGAAGGUAUCCAACGAGUCCCAUGCCAAAAACCUCCGUUCACAGUUGGGGAUGUCAAAAAAGCCAUCCCACCUCAUUGUUUCAAUCGAUCGGUCAUCCGCUCUUUCUCGUAUGUCGUUUACGACCUUACAAUUGCUUCCAUUUUCUAUUACAUCGCCACAAAUUUCAUCCCGCUCCUCCCGCACCCGCUCGGCUAUGUAGCAUGGCCGAUUUAUUGGGCCGUUCAGGGUUGUGUCCUAACCGGGGUUUGGGUCAUAGCCCAUGAAUGUGGCCAUCAUGCCUUCAGUGACUACCAAUGGCUUGAUGACACUGUCGGCCUUAUCCUACACUCCGCUCUACUUGUUCCUUACUUCUCAUGGAAAUACAGUCACCGUCGCCACCACUCCAACACCGGCUCGAUCGAGCACGACGAAGUUUUCGUCCCGAAAUUGAAAUCUGGGGUCCGGUCAACCGCGAAAUACCUGAACAACCCGCCUGGCCGGAUCCUCACCUUGCUCGUCACCCUCACCCUUGGCUGGCCGUUGUACCUCAUGUUCAACGUUUCCGGCCGUUACUAUGACCGAUUUGCGUGCCAUUUUGACCCAAACAGUCCCAUCUACUCCAACCGCGAACGUGCCCAAAUCUUCAUCUCCGACGCCGGAAUCUUCGCCGUCCUUUACGGACUAUAUCGCCUUGCGGCAGUCAAAGGACUCACCUGGGUCCUUUGCAUGUACGCCGGACCGUUGCUUGUGGUGAACGGAUUCCUCGUGUUGAUCACAUUCUUACAGCACACCCACCCGUCAUUGCCACACUACGACUCAACCGAAUGGGACUGGUUGCGAGGGGCUUUAGCCACAAUUGACCGAGACUAUGGGAUCCUAAACAAGGUGUUCCAUAACAUCACGGACACACACGUGACCCACCACCUGUUUUCAACAAUGCCACAUUAUCACGCGAUGGAGGCGACAAAAGCGAUAAUUCCGAUCCUGGGAGAAUAUUACCAGUUCGACGGGACGUCGGUUUUUAAGGCGAUGUAUAGGGAAACAAAGGAGUGCAUUUAUGUGGAUAAAGAUGAGGAGGUGAAAGAUGGUGUUUACUGGUACCGGAAUAAGAUAUGAAGAUGAUGGAGGAAAUGAAAAGGGUAUUGAUAGAGUGGCAAAUGGUGAUGGGUUUUCUAAUUAGUGUUAUGUUAGAGUAUGGUUAUGAGGAGAUGCCAUUUAAAAUGGACAUGGAAUUGUUAGCCAUUUGAAUAACUUGUGUACUCGAACGUGGUGUCUGUGUGUAGGCUGUUAGCCACUCUGUUUUUAGCUUUUUGAAAUGGAUCCAUUUUGGAACUUGGCUUGGUGU